AUGAACGCCACGGGGCUUCUAGCCCAUUCAUUGCAACGAGCCACCCAAGAAUUGGUCGCUCGUUCCAUGGCUCUCGUUGUAGCAGAAACGGCGACGUUUGUCCUUAUCAAUGCCAUUUCGUUGGUUGGGAAUUUCCUCGUUUUCCUGGUAGCGUUUCGCAAUCCCAGUCUAAAGACUGUUACAGGAUUGUUGCUUCUAUCUCUCACUACAAGCCAUUUCCUCGCGUCCAUAAUCGUCAUGCCCAUGUCUGUGGGUGUCCUAGCGACAGGCGGAAAAUUCAUGGGUUCCCUUGGGUGCCAGAUCCUUGCCUACUCGUCGCAGAUUCUCUCUAACAUGACUGUUUACACCAUUUGCCUGAUCGCCGUGAAUCGGCUGCUGUUUUUCGUGAAGUCGUCUUGGUAUCGAGCAAUUUUUGGCUUCAAGUCCACUCUCACGACUAUCGCUACAAGUUGGAUUUUCCAGCUCGUCUAUGCUUUCAUCCCAGCGUUCGCUAGCUGGUCCGUCGCCUCGUUGUAUCCUGGUUACGCGGUAUGUACCUCCCAGUUGACAAAUAAAGCGGCCAGCAUAAUCUACGGCGCACAAAAUGAUGUCCAGAUCCUUGGAGGAGUGGUGAUUCUGAUAAUUUGCUACUUAGUGGUCUUCGUGAAGAUUAGAAAAGCUAGCAAAAUCACGCCCGAGGUAGCACAGGAUCUACCAAGCGAUAACGAGUUAAACCAGGUCGCCCCUAUCCAAGGGCUAGACGAAAUGUCCACGCAAAAAGAACUCGAGAAGAAACGCGACGAAAAUAAAGCUCUGAAAAAGGGAGAAAAGGCUAUAGAAAAAUGCACCAUCGAUCAAAUCCAACAGGAUUCUGGAACAGCUUUCAAUGGUUGCAAAGAAGAAAUCCAGAGUAAUGGACUAAAAUACCAGACAAAUUCAGAAAACAUCGACUCUCAAACUGACUUUGCGUCUCCAAACGAUCCCGAGGAAGGGCAAAGACAAGCCGUCGAGCUUCAAGACCCAGAAUUCCGCGCCGAAGUUCACAUGACCAGGACUGUGUUUCUUGUCACCGUGUGUUUAAUCGUGUGUUAUAUCCCACUGCUGGUGAUCUUGGAGGUUGAGUCGUGGCAGAUUCACCUGGAGGCCAGACAGGUUGAGCUGUUCGGCAUGGCUUUGCAGUACCUGGGUAGCGCUCUCACACCUGUGGUCAUUGCCAUAUUUAACAUCCCGUUCAGACGUGAGCUCAAAGACAUGUUCUGCCGUGGGCGUGAAAAUAGGCGAGUCCAUCCGGCUGAAUAA